AGAUAUUCAGUCGAAGAGAUGUUCCUCCGCGCGGGAGGUCCUGGCAGCGUCCCCAACCCCCCCUCCCCCGCCCCCGCGACCCCCCAGCAGAAGGCCCGCGUCUCCUUCCUGCCGGAGAACUUCGACUGGCGUGACGUGGAGGGCGUGAACUACGUGAGUGACGUGAGGGACCAGGCUUCGUGCGGCUCCUGCUACGUCUUCGCCUCCAUGGCUCAGCUGGAGGCGCGCCUACGAAUGGCCACCCGCAACCAGCGCCAGGACGUCUUCUCAACGCAGGAUGGCGUGUCGUGCUCCGUGCUGUCCCAGGGCUGCAUGGGCGGCUUCGCCUACUUGAUCGCCGGACGCUACACCAUGGACCAGGGCGUCGUGGCCGAGGAGUGCAACCCUUACACUGCACUUGACGACCCUUGCGAUACGGACGCCAGUUGCGCGCGCACCUACGUGAGCGAGUACGAGUACGUGGGCGGUUACUACGGCGCCUGCAACGAGGAGCUCAUGUUGCAAGCGCUGGUGGAGAAGGGUCCCUUGCCCGUCGGCUACAUGGUCUACGACGACUUCCGUAACUACGAGGGCGGCAUCUACCACCACACUGGUUUCAAGAACGACUUCAAUCCCCUCGAGGCAACAUCUCACGCCGUCCUGCUGGUGGGCUACGGCGUGGACAACACCACAGGGGAGAAGUACUGGACGUGUAAGAACUCGUGGGGGCGCGGCUGCGAGGACGGCUUCUUCAGGAUCAGGAGAGGAACCAACGAGUGCUCCAUCGAGUCCAUGGCCUUCGACGCUACCGUUAUUCCUUAAGGAGGACCUUCUUGGGAACGUUAGAUAUGUGAUGUGUAUUGCAUGUGGAAUAAAAACCUUUUCCCGUUU